GAAUGUUAAACAAUUCGGUUGUGAUUGAUUCGGUUCAAAAUGCACCGUUAUUGAGCGAUGAAGCCACCGAAAUUUUUAUUUGGGUUGUACUCACUGUUGUAUGUCAAGCAUUAUGUUUGUUUGGAAUUUCAACGAACAUCAUCAACAUUAUAUGUUUUGUGAAACAGGGAUUCAAGGACCCCAUCAACAUUAGUUUGUUGG